ACACACGUAUGUAAUCGCUGCCUGCCUGCCUGCUGUUUCUUUUCUCCUCCACAGCGACGCCAGUUCCGGCUCCCAGACACGUCCCCUGCUCCUUCUUGUUCCGCUCAGAUCAGAUUGUUUGUUUGAUUGAUUUGUUCCGGCUGCUGCUGCUGCUGCUGUUUUAACCGAGGCCUGUGACUUCCUAUUUGUUCCUUCCUAUUUGCUGCAUUGCCGCUUUCAAAUCCUUAGAAAUCGAAUUUAGGAAUCUGAGAUUGGAAGAUGAUGAUGCUACAAUGGAGUUGUGUCGUGAGGUUUUUUUUAUUAAAUUAAACAAAAAAGCUAAGCCAAAGACUUAACAGUAAACUUUAAUGGCGGUUUAGAGCUUCCUUCCUGAAAAACCCUAAAUCGAGCAAGUAUUCUCCAUCACCGAUCAUCAAUGGGCGUUUUCAGAGCAAUGAUUGCUCGAACGUUUUCGGCUGCUACCAGUCGAUCACUGCGCGUUUGUGUUGUCGGCAGCGGUCCUGCCGGUUUCUACACCGCCGAGAAGAUGCUGAAAGCACACGAAGAAGCAGAAGUUGACAUCAUUGAUAGACUGCCAACACCAUUUGGGUUGGUCCGUUCUGGUGUAGCACCUGAUCACCCUGAAACGAAGAUUGUCAUCAACCAAUUUUCUCGUGUUGCGCAUAAUGAACGGUGUUCAUUCUUCGGGAAUGUGUCUCUUGGAUCCUCAGUUUCUUUGUCUGAGCUUCGCCAAAUCUAUCAUGUGGUUGUGCUUGCGUAUGGUGCUGAAAGUGAUAGAGUUCUUGGUAUACCAGGAGAGGAUUUGAGUGGUGUGCACUCAGCUAGAGAAUUUGUAUGGUGGUAUAACGGGCACCCGGAUUUAAGCCAGCUGGCACCAGACUUGAAGAACACAGAUACGGCCAUUGUUCUGGGACAGGGUAAUGUAGCUCUUGAUGUUGCACGGAUACUUUUAAGACCACCUGCUGAGUUGGCUACAACUGAUAUUGCCAGCCAUGCUUUGGCUGCCCUUAAGGAGAGCUCCAUAAGGAAAGUUUAUCUUGUUGGUAGACGUGGACCAGUGCAAGCAGCUUGUACUGCGAAAGAACUACGAGAAAUUCUUGCUAUCAAGGAUUUGUAUGUUAACAUCAAACAAGAUGAUCUCCAAAUAACCUCUGCGGAUGAGGAAGAAAUGAAGAACAGUCGUAUACGGAGAAGGGUAUAUGACUUGUUAUCCAAGGCAUCUUCAUCAAGUCAAACCCAUCCAAGUUCUGGUCAACCAGAAUUGCACUUCACGUUCUUCCGGAAACCCGAUAAAUUUCUAGAAUCAAGUGACAAAAGUGGCCAUGUUGCUGGUGUGAAAUUUGAGAAGACAACACUUAAAGCAAGUGCAGGCUCUGGAAAUCAGAUUGCAGCGGGUACAGGGCAGUAUGAGGAUUUGAAAUGCGGAUUGGUACUAAAGAGCAUAGGUUACAAAUCUAUACCGGUUGAUGGUUUACCUUUUGACCAUUCCAAAGGUGUGGUUCCAAAUAUUAGAGGCCGGGUUGUAUCUUCUUCCGAUGUUGGUCAACCUGUGGAUGGGUUGUAUGUUUGUGGAUGGUUAAAGAGGGGACCCACUGGAAUUAUCGCUACGAAUCUUUAUGAUGCAGAAGAAACUGUGACAAGCAUUUCUGAAGACAUAAAGAAAAAAGACCUGACGUCUGAAUUCGCAUCGGGCAGAGAGGGGCUUCUUCAAUUACUGGAAAAUAGAAAGAUUAAAGUUGUUACAUUCAAUGAUUGGGAGAAAAUAGAUUCCGAAGAAAAACGACUUGGGAGUUUAAUGGGAAAACCCCGAGAAAAACUAACAAAUUGGAAAGAUCUACUAGCAAAAUGAAGCAACAAGUUUUGAGACGACAAGUUUUGACCUUUUUCUAUUCAAACGUUCACUUUACGAGGAUACUCGUGUACGAAGCAGUAAAGUUAUUAAGCGUAGCAAAACGGGUGGGUUGGGUAAGAGGUCAAACUGGAAUUAUAAUUCUUCUGUAUGAAGUAUUGAAGUUAUGUUCAACCGUGAGAUGAUUGUUGUACAACACAAUUCUUCACAUUGUAAUUCAUGAUUAAAACAUUUUUAGCAGCAUUAA